UCUGACCAAUCAACUUGCCAAAUUUGAUUGGUCAGGCAAAUUGAGAAACUCAGCACUUGAUUGGCUCACUGCCCGUGGGACAAUGAGAGUGACAGAUUUCCCAGACUUGAAAUUGAUACUUUUUCCUCUGUAUCUCUCUCUCUCUCUUUUUUUUUAAACAUAGUUCACGUUGGGUCACACGAGUGGGCCCAUUUGGUUGAUUUAGUGCGGACACCACGGUAAUGAAAUGUCCAUGUCUUUACCUAAAGACUCAGCAGGGACAAACGACUACGCAGGGAAGCCAAAAUGCGCCCGGUGCCGACACCACGGGAUUAUCGUCCCGAAGAAGGGCCACACAAAAAUCUGCCCUUUCUUGAAGUGCCAGUGCUGGAAAUGCUACCUGAUAACGGAGAGGACGAAGAUCGCCGCCCUACAGAGGGAAAUGAAAAGAGCCAUGAAAGAGACCCGACCCGGAGCCAGAAGGGUUAACGCGCAGGGGGACAAGGCUUUUGGGACCUCGAACCCAGAUGGGGGUGCUCCAUCCACAUCUGAACCGAUGUGCCCGCCGCCCGGAGGAAGCCCGGAGAAGGGCUCACCCGCCUACCCUUGGAGUAGGCCUGAGGCGGGAGGACAGCCCGAGUCCGGCUGUCGCGACAGCAGGGAUGUGCUGCCGUCGGCUGGUGAUUCACCUUUUUUCAGUGAAUUCAGGCAGAUGGCACGUCUGCCUCUUGUUCACUUUCCAGUUAGCAUGCCAGGCUAUCACGCCAGCAGCUAUCCCUCUCCACCUCAUCAAUUCCUGCCCAAAAUGUGGCUGCCCCCUGUACAUGUUGGGUACCUUUACCCUCCCCCACUACAGCCUGGUCCUCCAGCUGCUUGCAGGGGAGCCUUCUUUACCCAUCAGUCACUGCCUGAGACUUUUAAGGAAGAGCUGAUGUCACGGCAGCACCCACCACCUCCUGCACCCAGAGCCACUGAGCAGGAAGCUGCUCAGCAAGUUGAUGAGGGGAAUGAAUCAUAAAAAAAAUAUGUAUGUAUGUUUUCCCUGUUAUUAAGUUAUUGUGUUUCUUGUUCCCUUGUUCCAGUUCACGUUUAGGUUCUUGAAUUGUUGUUGAAUUGUUUAAAAUUUAAAGGUUACACAUCUGUUUUAUUU